GGGAGGCUGCAGGGGCGGGUCGGUUGGCGUCCUCUUUCCGGCUGGUCCCCAUGGAGGCUCUGGGGAAGCUGAAGCAGUUCGAUGCCUACCCCAAGACUCUGGAGGACUUCCGGGUCAAGACCUGCGGGGGCGCCACGGUGACCAUUGUCAGUGGCCUUCUCAUGCUGCUACUGUUCCUGUCCGAGCUGCAGUAUUACCUCACCACUGAGGUGCAUCCUGAACUCUACGUGGACAAGUCACGGGGAGAUAAACUGAAGAUCAACAUCAAUGUGCUUUUUCCACACAUGCCGUGUGCCUAUCUGAGCAUCGAUGCCAUGGAUGUGGCUGGGGAGCAGCAGCUGGAUGUGGAACACAACCUGUUCAAAAAACGGCUAGAUAAGGAUGGCUUUCCCGUGAGCUCAGAGGCGGAACGUCAUGAGCUCGGGAAAGUUGAGAUGAAGGUGUUUGACCCUGAUUCCCUGGAUCCUAAUCGCUGUGAGAGCUGCUAUGGUGCCGAGACGGAAGACAUCAAGUGCUGUAACUCCUGUGAGGAUGUGCGGGAGGCAUAUCGCCGUCGAGGCUGGGCCUUCAAGAACCCAGACACUAUUGAGCAGUGCCGGCGAGAGGGCUUCAGCCAGAAGAUGCAGGAGCAGAAGAAUGAAGGCUGCCAGGUGUACGGCUUCUUGGAAGUCAACAAGGUGGCGGGAAACUUCCACUUUGCCCCCGGGAAGAGCUUCCAGCAGUCCCACGUGCACGUACAUGCUGUGGAGAUCCAUGACCUGCAGAGCUUCGGCCUCGACAAUAUCAACAUGACCCACUACAUCCAGCACCUGUCAUUCGGGGAGGACUACCCGGGCAUUGUGAACCCCCUGGACCACACCAACGUCACUGCACCCCAAGCCUCCAUGAUGUUCCAGUACUUUGUGAAGGUGGUGCCCACGGUGUACAUGAAGGUAGAUGGGGAGGUGCUGAGGACAAAUCAGUUCUCUGUGACCAGACAUGAGAAGGUCGCCAAUGGGCUGAUGGGCGAUCAGGGGCUUCCUGGAGUCUUCGUGCUGUACGAGCUCUCGCCCAUGAUGGUGAAGCUGACGGAGAAGCACAGGUCCUUCACACACUUCCUGACAGGCGUGUGCGCUAUCAUCGGCGGCAUGUUCACAGUGGCCGGACUCAUCGACUCUCUCAUCUACCAUUCAGCUCGAGCCAUCCAGAAGAAAAUUGAUCUAGGGAAGACAACAUAGUUGUCCGUCCCUUCCCCCCCAACAAGUCCCUGUUUUUCUUUGGCCUUGUGGUCAUUUUCCCAGCCUCUUACCCCACCCACCCCGCACACCCCCUCUGCAAAGAGUCAGUUGCAGCCCCAGGUUGGUAAAUCUAUCGAUUGUGAUAGUA